AUGAAAUCUUGGACGGUCUGCCUGGGCGUCGGCCUCCUGGCCGGCGUGGCCAACGCGGGCUGCAAAAUUCCCACCACGUGCGGAUCCCCGAGGUGCUUCGGCGCCCUCGGGGCGGACCCAACGGCCGGAGAGUCGUUUUGUUCUUCAUGGCUGUCCCUGGCGCCCGUCACGACCACCGUCACCGAGCUCACGACGGCCGUGUCAACACAGGUCACCGUCCAGACCGCCUUGACGACGCUCACGACGACGACAGGGACCACAACGCAGACCGGCGUGGUUGGCACCACCAUUUUCCAGAAGCGCGUGGCGAGCGUCUCCACCUCCACGAUGGAACCGGCAGAUGCCAUCAUCUCGCAGUGCUCGACCAAGGAGGCGCGCAUCAGCAGCGCCUGCAGCUGCUUCCUGUCGACGGCCACGGCGUCAACCGUGACCGUGGUUGAGACUUCGGUCUCGACGGUCCUUGUCGAGGCUACCAGCACGGCCGUUUCGACGGUGACGAGCAAGGCGGUAGCAACGGUAUCGGUAGCGGCACCGGCGACAACCAUCUCAGCCAACCCGGUGGUCAACGGCAAUUUCGAGACUUAUUCGAAGACGGGCAACAUCUUGCCGUGGAGCAACACGGGGACGACUACGGGCGGGCGGCUCGAGGUCAUAAACGGGGUCAAUCCCUGCACGGCUGGGGCGGCGUAUUGUGCCGGGGGAACUGUUGUUAUCCGCGUGUACCCACCCACCACAGGCGGCGGCUACCUGGGCAUCGCCGAGACGUUUCAGGCGCGGCCGUCGACGGCGUAUUCAUUGUCGUUCAUGUUCCGGUGCCUCAACUUCGACGCGUACUCUCGAAUCGAUGUCUGGUACGCGGGCGUCAAGGUCGGCACCGUCGCGUGCCCGCAGACGUCCAGCUCCGCCUUCACCCGCGCCACGGGCAUACCGUUCACCACCGACUCGAUUGGCAGCGGCGCGCUUGAAAUCCGCUUCUACAACCCCUCCAACCUGGCCUAUCUGUACUUUUACGCCGACGAUUUCCAAGCCUCGCACGCCUAG